AUGGCACUCCACCUUCCAUCUUCUCUGAAAGUUGCAGCUGGCGGGGAUUCGCAGUAUCGUCGGAGUCCGGACUUUCUUUGGCGUUUCGCCCGUGGAAUCUAUCUAGUCUGCGCCGAAUCACAAAGUGAAGAAAACACAUUCGUGACGGUAAAUGAUUUGGACAUUCAAAAUUCUUCGACCUCUGUCUCUUCCCGCACUUUCAUUCCAAACGACUUGAACGAUCUUGCCUACGAUCGAACUAACAGACGCCAGUUUAUCGAGACUGGCCUAGCCUUGGCCCGUAAGUGUUUGGUCCUCGCCAAAAUGUGUCACGAGCAACCUGACUAUUCUUUCGAAACACGGUCUAUGGCGGAAGUGUACAAGUGGCUUGCAGUGAUGGUUGGCUUGGCCUCCGAAUUUGUCGGAAUGCAACAGCGUAUUUCCUACGGAUACGAGUUCAAGGAGCUCGUUGACAAAGCAUUGGAACACAAUCCGGAGGAUGAGCACUGUCGUUAUUUAAAGGGUCGCUGGUGCUAUCAGGUGUACAAUUUAACAUGGGUUGAACGACAGUUUGCAAGUCGCUUAUUCGCCACAUUGCCCACUGCAACGCUAGAGGAAGCUAUGGAGGAUUUCAACGAAGUUGAACGGCUGCGACCGGACUUUUACGCGGCCAACCACUUGUAUCUUGCCAAGUGUCACAUAAGUGCUGGGAACUACAAAGAAGCUGCAUCAUGGCUAAGCAGAGCGAAACAGCUGGUCGAGCAACAUCGUGUCCCACCACCACACUUGGACAACCUGGAAGUAUGCACCGAGAUAAUAAAGCUAGCCGACCAAUACUCUACUUAUUGCUGAUCGUUGGUGUGCACAAGAUAAAAAUACCUUUUUCACGGGAAUUGCAGAAGUGCAGCUAUAUGUGAUUAGAAAACGCUAGCUCGUUAGAUUACAAGCAGCCCUGUUGCGUCUUUCAGCGAAUCCGACUGAACCUAUGGUUAUGUAAGUAUAUCAGAAAGCAAACCAUUUUGUACCUAUCAAAAUAAUCUUCAAAUUCGCUUAUCGUGACUUCUUGCCUUUCUUACGCUAAUGUUUUGUCGGUCAAAUACUUUUUAGAAAUUUUUACCACAUCAGAUACACUAUUUCUAUUUAUGUAUAUACCUAACGGCGGAUAUCGCACAACACGAUCAUCGAGACGGCGCUGGCUUUCCCAAUUAGCAUGUUCAUCUAUUGACAAUUAACUCUGCUACUCAAUUCUUUUGCUCAUCUUUUGACACCUUUUCGUUACAUUAUUUCCUCUUGUUCAAUUGGUAUGCUUCUCCGUUACCACGUCAUCGCCGUUUGUAAGUUUUACCCAACAACAGUUUCUGUCCAUAAAGUGUUGAAACCAGCUUGCCCUUAGUCCUACCGAACGAUGGUCGCCCUCGUUCCGUGCUUUUGUUGCCACCAAGCUCCAUGAUCAUAUGCCUUCAAAACGGCUAUUUUUCACCUUGUCAUAUUUGCUAAUUGUGAAUCUGAUCAUGCCGUGGGCGUGCCUCGUAUACUCGAAUAAAUCGACUU